CUCCUCUGCAACUUCGGCAGUCAGCCCCAAGAUCCGCGACUUGUCGUCGCAGUGUUCCUGCCCUUUCGCGGUGAAGGACUGGCCUGCUGCUGCUGCAAUUACGCUGCGCUGGAGCUCGUCCUGGGAUCUCAAUUGAAGCCUAGAUGGUGGUGGUGGUGGUGAGGAUGUGCCUCGAGUUCUCUUGUGUGAUCCAUGCGGUUUUGCUCGUUCGUAAGGUGUUGGAGUGCGCGGGUGUGCCCCUGCACCACUUGCGGGGAGGAGAGAAGAGGCGGACCUGCGGGAGAUUGACGCCGUUUCGUCGGGCUUCUUGCAGCGUGAUUCCGUGCUGCAGGCUUGAAGACUUCUGCUCGUGCCUAUUGCAGCUGGCUUAGAGCAUUCUCGGAGGUGCAACCUAAUGCGUCAUGUUGGAGCAUGAUGUGAAGGUCAGUACUCAGAGGGAUCCAAGAAUAUGGGCUUGACGGUGCUGCAUGUUAAGCGUCAAUAUGGAGAGUCGAAUUUUGAUGGUGAAAAACAAUUCAGAGAAGACUCGGUUCGGAUUCGAAUCGAAAGGUGAUUAUUGCUGAAGAAUGUUACUUAAGAUGCAGCUGUAAGAGAGUCUAACCCUGGAAGACAAACACAAGAAUAGAGAACCUCAUGGAAUUCGCAACAUCGGGGUUUUUCAUCUGAACUAUAGCUAUCCUUGUAAACUUGAAGCAAUUGGACCUUUCACCGAAAAUUGAGUUUUGCAUCUGUAGGGCAGUGUAUCUCCUCACGAGAAAGAAACAACAGAAUGACUCAGGAUGCCAGUAAUUAAUUCUGGGUGAAAAGGUUUGAGAUUGAGACAGUCGAUGCAGGUUCCAAAAUCGGAUCUUCAUGGAAGGUUAGUUACUCAGAGAGCUUCUUAUCGGGUCCUCCUAAAGUAUAGAAAUACUUAUUGUUCCACAUAGCGGCAUGCCUCAUUUCAAACCAGAGACACAAGAGCGUUGAUCUUAAUGGUGCUUUGACAACGGUCCGAGGCCAACCUCAUUACAGCAUGAGUUAAUUUAUUGAGAAACUCACCGUUCUUCAGUAUCUAGCUCAGCAGUUAACCAUGGCUGUUCAAGAGCACUAAUUUGGGUGGAAAUGGCUCCGAGGCGAGUCUUGCAGGCCAAUGUGCCUCCUGCAUACUCGCCUCUUGGCUCACCUUCAAAUAAUGUGGGGUACUCUAACCACCAUCUUGCACUGGGUCUCGGUCUUGGAUGCAGCUUGGCUGUGGUUGUUGUGGCGUUCUUCGCUGCUUUGUUUAUUUAUCGUCGGCUGAAAACCAGCAGGAGAAGCCCAUAUGACCGUUAUACCUCUAAAACACUUCAGAAGUUUUCAUAUAGGCAACUCAAGAAAGCGACUGCAAGUCUUUCAGAAGCUCAGAAAAUUGGCCAAGGGGGGUUCGGGGCAGUCUACAAGGGUCAGCUCCGUAACGGGACCGAAAUCGCAGUGAAGAGAAUUGAUGUUUCCUCUGUUCAAGGUGAGGUUGCCUUCCAAAAUGAGGUCUUACUUGUUGGCCGAAUCAACUCUCCGCACGUUGUCCGGCUCCUAGGAUUUUGUGCACAAGGUCCACGGCGCCUGCUCGUGUAUGAGUUUAUGGAGAAUCGAAACUUACAGGAGGCCCUCUUUGAUGAAGUUUACGCUGUACCAUUAAGUUGGGCAAUGCGUUUCCGCAUCAUUCUCAACGUCGCCGAAGCGUUAGCCUUUUUGCAUUUCAAGUGUGACCCUCCGAUCAUCCACGGUGAUGUCAAGCCCAGCAACGUGUUGUUAGACGCCAACUACCACGCCAAACUUGCAGAUUUUGGUCUUGCUCGAGUGAAGACUGAAGAAAGCAUCCUUGAGGUCCAAACCCUUGAAGCGCAAAGAGAAGCCAUUGAGAAGGAGAGGAUGAGGUAUGAAAGGAUAGUACGAGAUCGGAUCAAGCGUCGAAAACGAAGAGAGGAAGCUGAGAGGAAGAAUAUGGAUGACGCUAGACUGGGCAACUCCUUGAAGGGAGAGUCCGUGGAAUCGUUUGCAUUCGACCCCAAUCCUCAGGGGGAUCGGAAAAGCUCGGCUUCUUUGUACGAUGGUCUGUCGACUGAGGAAGAAACGAGUGGCUUAACUUUGGAGUCUCCCUGCUCAAAGGUAGGGAAUACUACACCUACCAGCAUUGUAAGGAACUCCAAUUGUGAGUGCAUCCCACGUGCACCCGUAAAAAGUGAUAGGGUUGGCGGUGUUGCACCAGAAUCGCCAGUUUCCAAGGAAAUUAAAUCAGAUGUGGAAGGGGAAAAUUUCUUAAGUGCAGAAGAAGGAGAGACCGAUGCAGACAAGAGUGUGAUUCUAAGUAUGGACGGGACUGGGGAGGAAGGGUGGAGUACCGUGAGUCCCUCGCAACCUGAUAUGGAAUUCAGCUCUGAGACUGUGGACAUCCUGAAGAAGAGAGGAGUGAAGGGGAGUGGACUGGGGUCGUGGAGUCGGGACUGGUGGUGGAAACAGGAGAAGGGCGAUGGAAAUGGUAGCCAACAUUCUCAAGACUUAGAUACGAAGAGCACUAGAAACACAGAAGAGCUCCAACGAAGCGGAGAGCUUCUCACUGAGGGCGAAACACGACGAACCAAGAGCCGCACCGAUUUUCGAAGGCAGCGGUCGAGAAGUUCCGGUUGGAUAGGCGCCAUCGUAGGCGAGUUGAGCAAGGAAACGAAGAAGAAGACCCCUGCCAAUCACGACAAGCUGAAAGGACGAGAAUGGUGGCGUGAGGAGUAUUGCGAUGAACUUAGCAACAAGAGCCGGGAAUUUAAGAAAGGGUCGACCACGAGACUGGAUCGUAAUCGUGGCAGCCGGAGGCACAAAAAAGAUGAUUACACAAACUGGAUACGGGACUUCAGUCAAGAGUUUAGUGCAGAAUUAGGACACAGCAAAACUCUGGAUAUCAGGAGAGAGAGUCGAAAGUCGAGAUCAAGACGAGAGGAAUUCUGGAGUGGCGACUCAAAUCGAAGGAUCAGCAGUACUCCAAGUAUGCGUGGAACCGUCUGCUAUGUCGCACCUGAAUCUGGCGGAAUGGGAUCAAACUCAGAGAAAAGUGAUGUCUACAGCUUCGGUGUUCUAUUAUUGGUAGUGGUAUCUGGACGCCGGCCGUUGCAAGUCAAUGCAUCCCCGAUGACUGACUUCGAGAGAGCGAAUCUCAUUUCAUGGGCACGAUUGAUGGCCCGCAAUGGGAAUGUGCUGGACUUAGUUGACUCAAAUCUUCAAUCGGCGUACUCUGAGGAUCAAGCUGUAUUGUGCAUCACCGUCGCGCUUCUCUGUCUGCAAAGGUUACCCAUCGCUCGUCCAAGUAUGAGUGACGUCGUGAAGAUCCUUAAUGGAGAGCUUGAACUACCUGACCUGCCUUACGAGUUUUCGCCAUCUCCACCAGGGUUUAAAUCACGCCGAAAGCCCUCAGCUGAUGAAAAUGAUCUUGAACAGACCCCCGUGACUAUCUAAAACUCAGGCCUGUUGCUUUCGGCUGCGAAAGGUUUCCUGGUCAGGAUCGAAGACCAAGGUCACAAGCAUGAAAGUGGGUUCAAUUGAAACAACAGGAGAUGUUUUGGUGGUGAUCUAUGUACAAGGUGACCUUGGAACACACUAUAUCAUGUACUGCUUCAUUGCACUUCUGACCAGCAGAAAUCGUACUUUGUGCAAUACUGAACAUUGCACAUUGCAUGAGAGAAAUGUCGGUGAAGUUUCUCCUGUCGUGCAUUCGUUUGCUGUGUUUGCCCUCACUUUGGAAUUUCAUCACCUGUUUUAUAAUAUUUUCUGAUGUUGACGAGCGAUGUAGACACCGCAGAUGGUAACCGACUCUCAGAAUUGGCAUGGGAAAGGAGGAGCUGGGAGGUUGGAUGAGCGAAAUCUUGAACAGUAGCUCAUGAGCCCAACUGUAGGAGUCCUCUUUGUGCAAAACACAACCACUUGCGCUAAAGUAGAUUCUCUCGUGGACUUUGUUACGUUCUCCCAAAAGUUAUUUGAGACUCGGAAUGCUUCCGAUCGAAGUCAAUUUACUUCAAAAUUGUUCCUGAUGA